AUGCUGCCGGACUUGACCCCUCGAGAUCCCCAUAGCCUUUGGUAUACGUCCCGCCACACGCACAGCUCCCUGUUGCACCAACUCAACGGUCAUGAUGCGUCUUCGCCAAACGACGACAAUGGGAAUAUCAGCAGCAAUCAAGUGGACCGCCAUGGCCAGCACCCGUCCGGCCACGGACGCGACCACCGGCGCGCUCUGGUGGAGCGCACACCACUCGCACGCCUCCGCAUGGAGGAGCAGGUCAUGGAGCGGCGCCGUCAGAACGUGACCAAUUUCGGCAGCGCGUGGCUGAAGCCGCCAGGUGUGCCCAAAACACUGUUCCAGAUGCGCGAAGAGCGGCGCGAGGCAGAGGAGCACGCCGAAGCCAUGCGGCGCGAACAGGAGCUAGCCGCGCAGCUGGCCGAGGCCGAGGCGGACGCCGUGGACGAUUUGGACGACGAGCAGAUGGCCGACGGAGCCGAGGAGCCUGACCUCGACGACGAGAUUCCCGAGGCCGAAGGCUUCGGCUUUGAUGGAGACGGCAGCGGGGAGGAGGACAGCGGAGUCGAGGACGAGGAGGAUGAUGACGAGACGGACGACGAGGUGGACGAGACUGAGAACAAUGCUGGCCAGGUGCAGGUCAGCCCAGCCGAGCGGGAUAUGCAGGCGACGGAAGACCGGGUGCGCGAGGUGAUGGCCCAGGGCCAGGAUGGCGGCGGCCUCACCAUCGACGAUGACCCUGUCGGGUCGGACGACAGGGAACAGAUGCUCGAGGAGGAUGAUCUCAUCCACGACUACAGUCCGGGCGAGGGCGGGGCCGGUGAGGAUGGUGUGGACAUGGACAUGGACGCCGACCUCGACGAUGACAUCCCCUCUGCCGACGGACGGUACGAGCACACCGACUCUGAUGCUGAGAUUAGCGACGAGGACGAAAGCACGAGAGAUGUCUCCUAUCCCAGUGCCGGUCGCGCGCCGCAGGCUUCGCGGUUCAGGAGGAGCCUGCCCAGGGGCAGUGUCAGGGGUAGCCAAAGGGGUAGUCUGGCGCAGAGCGACAUAGAUUUUAGUGGCCUCCUGUCGAGGGACGAGAGCAGCUACCUGGCAAGCAGCCCGCAGAUGAGGCGGCGGGGCUAG